AUGGAGGAGCGCGUGACCCUGGCGCCGGCGGAGGAGGGCGUGGGCGACGUGCACGGCCUGAUAGAAGCGCAGGCCGUGCUGGGGCAGCCCGAGCAAGUACAGGCCAUGGAGCGAACUGUCGUCACUUGGCUCAAGCAAAUAGAGGCCGUGGUGACGGAGAUGGAGCAGCUGCGACAGGAGACGGACGAUGCCGGGCCGCAGGAUGAGCUGGAGUACUGGAAGAGGCGGAUGGCCAAGUUCAAGUUCCUGUCCGAGCAGAUGGAAACAUCCAGAGUUCGCGGCGCUGUGCUGGUGCUGCAGCUGGCCAGAUCCAAGAUACUGAAGGCUUGGAAGGAGGCGGACGCUCGCGUGACCCAGAAUCUAACCGAGUCAAAAGACAAUGUGAAAUACGUGUAUGCCAUCGAGGAGUACUGCCACCCGCUCUACCUUAAUGACCCGCCGGGGAUGAUUCCGUACGUGAUGAUGCUGUUCAACACGGUGCGGAUGAUCCACUCCAUCUCCAGGUACUACAACACGUCGGAAAAGCUGUCGGCGCUUCUUAUCAAGAUCACAAACCAGAUGAUUCGUUCGUGUCAGGUUUACAUUUCCUGUCAAGGUCAGCUGUCCAUCUGGUCGCAGCCAAGGUCGGUCGUCAGGGAGAAGAUCCAGCAGUGCAUCAAGCUGAGCUCCACUUACAGGACGGCUUACCAGAAGACAAAGGAGAAGCUGGAGGCCAUGCCGGGUGAGCGCCCCUUCAGCUUCAGCGAGCAGUAUGUGUUCGGGAAGUUCGAGGCCUUCUGCUGCCGCCUCGCCAACAUCACGAGGCUGUUCGACGACAUGGACAAGUUCUCAGGGUUCUUUGAAGGACGAGCUGAGUAUAUACUGCGGCAGUCAAGUGUAAGAAUCUCUGACGCGUGUUCUCGUAUUGUGGCGGCUCUAAAUACCGGCUUCGUAACAUACACUGAUCCAUCUCUUUUUUAUCUUUGGUAUGAUGGCGCAUGCCAGCGGAUGGUCUCUCCCCACAGCAUUGCUCCCCAUGGAAACCGACACCUACCCAGCCGUUGUAGUUCUUCAGCCGCUCUUCACUCCACACUCCGCCUCCCCGUUGGACUUCAAGGACAGGAUGUUACUUCCAGCAUUUGUCACCAGUUGAUGCUAGUGUUUCAUUUUAGACCACGACUGCAACUAUGCUGUGAUUUUAAAAUGUGUUACCAUAGCAAGCAAGGCCUUCGACGGAGUACUUACAUGUACUCUUUCCACACAGCUAUCAUCAGAGUACUGAAACUAUGUCACGCAAUAACACCAGUAAUAUUGGGAUAUAAGCUUGACUUUUUAUCUGUAUUUGUGGCCAUGAUCUCCCGGACUGCUGCGCCGAAGCUCUUGGACGGAAUCCAUAUUUGUAUUUUUACAGAAUAUGUCAUAGGCCAAAUGCGGAGUAAUAAGAACAAGCCAGGUUGUAACGAGUUACCAUUAGUUCUCACACCAGCUUCCAGGCCGCCACUAGGCUGCCCACGGCUUAGAUCUUUGUACUUUGAUAGUUUCUCUACCACUUUGACAGAAGUGUUCUUAUAUUCUAGUGUAUGUAAGCUGCAACCUUGUUGUGUCUGUGCAAGUACUCCGCCUUGGCUAGCUCAGGGCAUCGGAUGUGAUGUGGUCAACUGUUUCUUGGAAUCGACCACAUAUUCGGCAGUUAGGGUCGCUGCCAUUCUUGAUGAUCUUUGCUUGGAGUUGUUUCUGCAGCCCUUCUUGGGCUUUUUUCUUCACUUGUUUGCAUAUGAUGUUGCUGUGUCCUCGGCUUCAGUUGUUUCGGGUGCAUUUAUUUGGUUCUUGAAUUUAGAUGAUUGUUUCGCUAUGGAGUAUUUCUUAUUUUGCUUUUCUGUUGCAAUCUUUAGGAGAGUGUCGUCUUUGGUUUGCAGAAUCUUCUGGAUCGAGUUCUUUGAUGGUCGUGUCGAUGUCAAUCUGGAUGUUCUGGCUCCAUAUCCAGUCUCAUUUAGCAGUGAUGACAGUGGAGCUAGUGCCACACAGAACAGCAAGGGUGAGAGGGAGUCGCCUUGGAAUAUACCACUGUUGAUGUUAGGCGGUCUUGAUUUCAGUUGGACCUCUGUUUGGCAUAAGAUUAGAGUCGUGCUACACUGUUUCAUGUUCUGGGUCAGAAACUGGAUGAGUAUUGGUGAAAUCUUGCAAAAACAUCCGACACAAUUUUUGCCUAGCAUAGCGGCAACAAGUCAGUGCUGUAGAAACAACAGGUCCCGUGCCCGAGUUGUCCCUCAGGUCCUAGAGAGUCUGUCUUCUUCGCUGUUGCCCACCAGGAUAUUGGCAGGAAAUUCAAGGGCAUACUGCAAGUGUAAAAUGCAGGCAGCCCUUUCACGAGUCCUCAUCCCAGAGACGUUUAUUUGCGAUACAGUUCAGCACGAGAAGCCUUUGUGUGAUGUAAAUCACUGUAACUGGGAAGUGCAAUGCCUGCGGGACAUCCUCAAGUCAUGGCAGGAGAUGUGCGCUGAAAUAUCCUGCAAGUCUUACGACUACCUGGACUACCGCGACCGCCACUUCGACGAUGACCUGGAGGUGUUCGCGGCCAGCGUGCGGGAACUGCUGAGGCGCAUCCACAUGAUGGUCGAGAAGGAGCACGAGGAGAUCUGGGAGACGCCCAUGGCCAACAAGAUGCUGGCCAGGUUUGAGCGGAUCGGCGAAGUGGUCCCGCAGCUGGACGUGACGGGGAAGUACAAGAGGAUUCUCGCCCGCUUCCAUCAGGAGCUCGAGAAGGUCACCAAGAUCUACAACCGCCAGUGCGAGAAUCCUCCGCAGCUGCGCGGCUUGCCCCCUGUUGCAGGCAAAAUCCAGUGGGCUCGAAGCCUAUUUCUUCACCUAGAGGAGCCGAUGAUGUUCUUCAAGGAUCACGCAGUGCUCCUUAAAAUGCCGGAGGGUAAAGAAGCUGUUCGAAAAUACAAUCGAAUAGGGAAGACCUUGGUACAGUAUGAACUUGCCUACUACGACGCCUGGAGAAAGCAAAGUAUCAGCGACAUUCAGAAGUCCCUGCGGUGCACGCUGGUGGUGCGACGGCCGGAGAGCGAGGAGCUGUACGUGAACUGGGACCCACGCAUCUCCACGCUCCUGCACGAGGCCACGAAGAUCCAGCAGCUCGGCUUCGAAGUGCCGUACAUGACGCAGCUGCUUCUCAACCGAGCGCCGUUGCUCCUCAAGAAACGAGACAUGGUUAAGCACCUGCUGAACGAGCAUGAACGAGUGCUGUCCAAAGUCAGCAAGAACCUGGUCAACCUUCUGGUGCCGCACGUGACCACGCUGAAGGAGGCGCUGGACCCUCUCCUGACGACGCUCACCUGGUCGUCCAUCCAGGCGCACAGCUACUUCGAGCAGGGCUUCGCCGCCAUUCGCACCUUCGAGACUCUCAUCGACAGAUUCUAUGUCAUUGACAAGAGCUGGCAAAAGAUCAUGGUUCGUGCCCAUGACAACCCCAACGUGGUGGCCUGUUGCGUCGGGGAUGACAUGCUGAAGCAGCUACUGCCGUACUUGCAGGACCAGCUGGAGCUCUGUCAGAAGAGCCUGUCAGGGUACCUGGAGAAGAAGCGCCUCAUGUUUCCUCGCUUCUUCUUCGUGUCUGACCCGGCUUUGCUCGAAAUUCUGGGCCAGGCCUCGGACUCGCACACCAUCCAGGCUCACCUCAUGUCAAUCUUCGACAACACCAAGACCGUCCGCUUCCAUGAGCAGGACUACGACCGAAUCACCGCCAUCUCUUCGUGUGAAGGGGAGAUGGUUCAGCUUGAGAAGCCGGUGCGGGCAGAGGGCAGCGUUGAGGUGUGGCUCAUGAAGCUGCUGGUCAUGUGUCAGCAGUCUGUCCACGGCAUCAUCCGCCAGGCGCACCACGUUAUCCAGGACCCUGACCUGAACGUCCUGCGCUUCUUGGAACAGUUCCCAGCACAGGUGGGCAUCCUGGGGCUGCAGAUGAUCUGGACGAGAGACUCGGAGGCCGCGCUGACGCAAUCUCGCGCCGACCGCCGGGUCAUGGCCGAGAUGAAUAAUCGUUUCCUGGAUCUUCUCAAUCUUCUCAUUAAUCAAACGACGCGUGACUUGGAACCUGUACAGAGGACCAAAUACGAAACGCUGAUCACCAUCCAUAUCCAUCAGAGGGACAUUUUUGAUAGUCUGUGUCGGAGGAAUGUGCGGUCGGUGUCGGAUUUCGAUUGGCUGCGUCAGUGCCGAAUCUACUUCCGUGAGGACAUGGACAAGACAAAUAUCGUCCUCACCGACGUCACCUUCCACUACCAGAACGAGUUCGUGGGCUGCACCGAGCGCCUCGUCAUCACGCCCCUCACGGAUAGGUGUUACAUAACGCUGGCGCAGGCGCUGAGCAUGAGCAUGGGGGCGUGUCCCACUGGGCCAGCGGGCACUGGCAAAACUGAGACUACUAAGGACAUGGGGAAGACGCUUGGCAAGUAUGUCGUCGUCUUCAACUGCUCAGACCAGAUGGAUUAUCGCGGUUUAGGCAGAAUCUAUAAAGGGCUUGCCCAGUCCGGGUCGUGGGGCUGCUUCGACGAGUUCAACCGCAUUGAGCUCCCGGUGUUGUCGGUGGCGGCGCAGCAGAUCGCGGUGGUUCACACGUGCAAGAAGGAGCGCCGCAAGACCUUCACCUUCACGGACGGUGACGUCAUUACCAUGAAUCCCGAGUUCGGAAUCUUCCUGACCAUGAAUCUGGGGUACCACGGCCGCCAAGAACUGCCUGAGAAUCUAAAGAUCCAGUUCCGAAACGUGGCGAUGAUGGUGCCAGAUCGGCAAAUUAUCAUCAGGGUCAAGUUGGCGUCUUGUGGUUUCCUGGAGAACAUCACUCUGGCGCGCAAGUUCUUCACGCUCUACAAGCUCUGCGAGGAGCAGCUUACUAAACAGGUCCACUACGACUUCGGUCUACGCAACAUUCUGUCUGUGCUGCGAACCCUGGGUGCCGCAAAGAGGGCCAACGCCAAGGACUCGGAGUCGACAAUCGUCAUGCGGGUCCUCAGGGACAUGAAUCUCUCGAAGCUGGUCGACGAGGACGAGCCGCUCUUCAUGUCCCUCAUCGACGACCUGUUCCCCAACAUGGCCCAAGAAAAAGGCUACAACAACCACCUCACCAAUAACAUCGCUGAGAUCGUGGGCGAACUCGGCCUUAUCCAGCAUGCUCCUUGGCAGCUGAAGCUCAUUCAGCUGUUCGAAACCCAGCGUGUCAGGCACGGCAUGAUGACGCUCGGGCCCAGCGGAGCCGGGAAGACGACGUGCAUCCAGGUCCUCAUGAAGGCCCUCACAAAGAUGGGGCAGCCCCACAGGGAGAUGCGCAUGAACCCGAAAGCUAUCACGUCCGCGCAGAUGUUCGGGCGGCUGGACGUGGCCACCAACGACUGGACGGACGGCAUCUUCUCCACGCUCUGGAGGAAGACGCUCAAAGCGAAGAAAGGCGAGCAUAUCUGGCUAGUAUUGGAUGGCCCUGUCGACGCCAUAUGGAUUGAGAAUCUCAACUCUGUGCUGGACGACAAUCGGACGCUGACGCUGGCCAACGGAGACCGAAUCCCGAUGUCGCCAUGCUGCAAAGUCAUCUUUGAGCCGGCCAACAUUGACAACGCUUCUCCCGCGACGGUGUCCAGGAACGGGAUGGUGUACAUGAGUUCGUCUGGACUGGACUGGCAGCCCCUCCUGCAGGCGUGGUUAAGGACGCGACCCCACUACGAGCAACCAAUAAUCAGUGACCUCUUCGCAAAGAACUUUUUGUCGCUGUUCACAUGGUGCAAGCAAAACCUGCGGCUUUGCAUCCCAAUCCUGCAGGUCAAUGUUAUCACACAGGUGUGCAUGCAGGGUUUGAUCCUGACAAAUGGAAAAAUGCGACGCUUACAAUUAAUUGCCUUGGAUGUACAGCAGAUCCCCACCCCACCCAUGUCUGGAAUACAUUCACAUAAAGCUUUGGUCAAGCUUAGAGUGAAAUGGAGAAAUCCACAACGUUCCCCCACACAAAGAUCAGUUCUUGGAAGAUACCUGCACUUUGUGUCUUUGGAUGCAAUGCACUUUGCUUUAGAGAUUGUCGCUCACUGCACUCCCAGCAUAAUGACAUUGACAGAUAUAAACUUAGGUGAAAAUAUACUGGUGUUGCACAUUCUGCACAGUAGAAAGCUGCACAUUGUUCACUGCCUCUCAGCUCCUGGAAUCGUGGAUGGGGAUGAUGACCCAAGUUACUUUGUAAAACUGGCAAAUCAGACACCACGGCUCCAGCUCAUUGGUGUAAAAAGAUCUUGUGUGCAAUCUACAACAUUAGGUGGAAGUGUGCUUCAUGUCUAUGCACUGAUCUGCAGUAUCCUGCAUUUAGUGUUCCUGCCAGUAGAUGUUCUCAUUGCAAUGUGGUAUGAAAUAUCUCUGCUGAACUCUGUUUUUGGAAGCUGUCGGCCCUUCUUACAUCUGUAUCACAAGACUAAUAGGCGGAAGGACUGUGUGGGCGAGAGGACAUCCACACCCUCAUUUGUCCCGCAGCGUUUGCCCGCUGCCAUAACCCUCCUGGAGGGCCAGCUGCCGGAGGGAGAAGACGCAGCUGACGACUGUCUGCCCCGUCGACGUGGUCGUUCUAGCGCAUGGGGAGGCGGCGCCCACGGAGGCCAUACCCCUGACGAGUCCUCCCAUACGCAGACGCCCGUGGAAACGCCCAGAUCCUUGCCAGAGGAUGAGGCUCUUCCGGUGCUGCCCCUGCCUGAUGUCGCCAUGUUCUCACUUUCUCUCGCAGCACAACACUCCCACGCCAUGUUCACCACGACAAAGGACGUGACCUGGUUCGAGGAUGCGCUGGUAACCGUAGCAAAGAAGGAGUUGGGCCACCGCGCAACGGACGCCAUAACUCGCUCCGAAAACUUCGUGGACUUCCUCAGAGAUGCUCCCGAGCCAACAGGAGACGAAGGAGAAGACCUGGACAUGGAGAUGCCGAAGGUGUACGAGCCCAUCCCGUCCUUCACCGCGCUGGAGGAGCGCCUCCAGAUGUUCCUGGCUCAGUACAACGAGAUGGUUCGAGGCACCGGCAUGGACCUCGUGUUCUUUAAAGACGCAAUGAUCCAUCUCACAAGGAUCUCCCGAAUCAUCCGAAAUCCGGGCGGCAACGCUCUCCUGGUGGGCGUGGGCGGGUCUGGCAAGCAGUCCCUCACCAAACUGGCCUCCUUUAUCGCCGGGUACAAGACCUUCCAGAUCACGCUCACCAGGUCAUAUAACACGGCUAACUUAUUGGAAGAUCUGAAAGUGUUGUACCGAACAUGUGGAAUUCAGGGGAAAGGUACGACCUUUAUCUUCACAGACCAGGAAGUGAAGGAGGAGGCUUUUCUGGAAUACCUAAACAACGUCUUGUCAUCAGGUAUGGUGAGCAACCUGUUCAACCGCGACGAACAGGGCGAGAUCGUAAGCGAGCUGAUCCCCGUGAUGAAGCGCGAGCACCCGCGGCGGCCGCCCACGCCCGAGAACGUCAUGGACUACUUCCUCACCCGCACGCGCCACAACCUGCACGUCGUUCUCUGCUUCUCGCCGGUCGGCGAGAAGUUCAGGAACCGCGCCAUGAAGUUCCCGGGCCUGAUCAGCGGCUGCACCAUCGACUGGUUCCAGCCGUGGCCGAAGGAGGCACUGGUGGCGGUGGCGUCGCAUUUUCUUAAGGCCUAUGAGAUCAUUAGCACCAAAGAGGUCAAGACGAGCUUGGUCAAAAGCAUGGGAACCAUUCACGACAACGUGUCUCAGCUCUGUACCGAGUACUUCCAAAGGUACCGUCGAGCGGCGCAUGUGACGCCUAAGUCGUUCCUGUCGUUCAUCAGCAUCUACAAGAAGAUCUACAACUCGAAGCGCGAGGAGAUUGGCGAGUCGGCCAACAGGAUGACAUCCGGCCUCGACAAACUGCAGGAGGCUUCGGUGGCCGUCAAGAGACUUCGGGAGGAGCUGUGCGUCAUGGAGGACGAGCUGGCCGUCGCCUCGAAGAAAGCUGAGAAGAUCCUGGUGGAGGUGACCAAGCGGGCGGAGGAGGCGGAGGGCAUCAAGGAAGAGGUGGAGAAGGUCCGCGACAAGGCCCAGGCGCUCGUCGACGACAUCGCCACAGACAAGUCGCUCGCGGAGGAGAAGCUGGAGGCGGCGAGGCCGGCGCUGGAGGAGGCCGAGGCGGCGCUCAACACGAUCAAGCCAGCGCAUAUCGCUACGAUCCGGAAGCUGGGUCGGCCUCCGCACCUCAUCAUGCGCAUCAUGGACUGCGUCCUGCUGCUGUUCCAGCGCCACGUGCAGCCCGUCAAGCCGGACUCCGUGGCGCCGUGCCCGAAGCCCUCUUGGCCCGACAGCCUAAAGAUGAUGGCCAGCACAACAUUCCUGCUGUCCCUCCAGAAUUUCCCUAAGGACACCAUCAACGAUGAGGUGGUGGAACUCCUGGAGCCAUAUUUCAAUAUGGAGGACUACGACAUGGACACCGCUAACCGCGUGUGCGGCGACGUGGCCGGCCUGCUGUCUUGGACCCGAGCCAUGGCCGUCUUCUUCGGAGUCAACAAGGAGGUCCUGCCCCUGAAGGCGAACCUGGCGCUGCAGGAGGCGCGACUGCGAGUCGCCAUGGGGGACCUGGAGCGGGCGCAGGCCGAGCUGGAUGACAAGCAGCGAGAGUUGGAUAUGGUGCGCGGGCAGUACCAGUGUGCUCUGGCGGAGAAGCAGAAGCUAAUCGACGCCGCAAAUGUGUGUCGCAGGAAGAUGCAGGCGGCGGCAACGCUGAUCAACGGCUUAGCCGGAGAGAAGGUGCGCUGGACGCAGCAGAGCAAAGCCCUGCGGCAGCAACUGGGCCGGCUGGCAGGCGACGUCCUGGUGACCACCGCCUUCCUUUCAUACGCGGGGCCCUUCAACCAGGAGUACCGCACGAAGAUGAUGAUCACGUGGUACAAGAUGAUGGACACCCGAAAGGUUCCCUACACACAGGAACUCGAUGUCACUACAUGGCUCGUAGAUAAUGCAACUGUUUCAGAGUGGAACCUCCAAGGACUUCCUAACGAUGAACUCAGCAUCCAGAACGGCUUGAUCGUGACCAAAGCAUCUUGUUAUCCAUUACUGAUUGACCCGCAAGGCCAGGGCAAGAUCUGGAUUAAGAACAGGGAAGCUAUGAACGAGUUGCAAAUCACAUCCCUCAAUCACAAGUACUUCCGCACCCACCUUGAGGACUCGCUCUCGCUCGGUCGCCCUUUGCUGAUCGAGGACGUGGAGGAAGAAUUGGAUCCCGUCCUGGACAAUCUCUUGGAGAGGAACUUCAUUAAGUCAGGAUCCAUACUUAAGGUUGUAGUCGGGGAUAAAGAGUGUGACGUCAUGCCGGGAUUCAUGCUAUACAUGACCACAAAACUCUCCAACCCGGCCUACACGCCCGAGGUGUCGGCCAAGACCUCCAUUAUUGACUUCACCGUCACAGUGCAUGGCCUCGAGGACCAGCUUCUAGGUAGAGUCAUCAGGACCGAGAAGAGGGAGUUGGAGAACGAACGCGUUGCGCUUAUCGAGGAGGUGAUGGAAAACAAACGUAAAAUAAAGGAACUCGAAGAUAACCUUCUGUACCGUCUCACUUCAGUCCAGGGCUCACUGGUGGACGACGAGGACCUGAUCGUCGUGCUGCAGGAGACCAAGGCGACCGCCCAGGACGUGAGCACGAAGCUGCACAUCGCCUCGGAGACCGAACGGAAAAUCAACGGCGCUCGCGAGGAGUACCGUCCCGUGGCCACUCGCGGCUCCAUCUUGUACUUCCUCAUCACCGACAUGGCUGCCGUGUCGUGCAUGUAUCAGACCUCCCUCAGGCAGUUCCUCGUCCUCUUUGACAUGUCGAUGACAAGAUCAGAGAAGAGCAACAAUCCCAAGAACAGAAUCAUCAACAUCAUCAAAUUCCUGACUGCUCAGGUCUGGAAGAAUGCCUGCCGGGGAUUUUAUGAACGUCAUAAGCUGUUGUUCACUCUGCUGUUGGCCAUGAAGAUAGAUUUGCAGUCUGGCCAUAUCUCUCACGAGGAGUUCAUGAAGUUUAUCAAAGGAGGCGCGUCCCUCGACCUGAAAGCCGUCCAGCCAAAGCCAUUCCGCUGGAUCCUCGACAUCACGUGGCUCAACUUGGUCGAGCUCAGCAAGCUGGGUCAGUUCGCCAACAUCCUCGACCAGAUCGUCGAAAACGAGAAGGACUGGAAGGUUUGGUUUGAGAAGGAGAAACCGGAAGAGGAGGAACUGCCUUGCGGAUACUCUCGCACCCUCGACAUGUUCCGGCAGCUCCUUCUGAUCCGCUCGUGGUGUCCUGACCGCACCCUCUCGCAAGCACGGAGGUACAUUCGAAAUUCGCUCGGGGAACAAUACUCCGACAGCGCCAUCCUGGACCUGGAAUCCACGUGGGAGGAGUCUGACAACAGGACUCCUCUGGUCUGCUUCCUGUCCCAGGGCUCCGAUCCCUCCAGCCAAAUAGAGAUCUUGGCCAAGACCAAGGAGAUGGAAAUGCGGUCGAUAUCCAUGGGGCAGGGGCAGGAGGCCCACGCGAGGCGCCUCCUCGCCGACGCCAUGGCCGCCGGCCGCUGGCUGCUGCUCCAGAAUUGCCAUCUCAGUCUGGACUUCUGCCAGGAGAUGCUGGACACGGUCACGGAGUCGGACAACGUCAACAGGUCGUUCAGACUGUGGAUCACAACAGAGGUCCACGCUGCCUUCCCCAUUGGCCUGCUGCAGAUCUCUAUCAAAUUUACGAACGAGCCGCCCCAAGGCAUCCGCGCCAGCUUGAAGAGGACGUAUGCCGAUAUCUCUCAGGACCUUUUGGACUACUCCAACGUCCCUCAGUGGCCGCGGCUGCUGUACUCGACAGCCUUCCUGCACACAGUGGUACUGGAGCGGAGGAAGUACGGGGCGCUCGGCUGGAACAUUCCCUACGAGUUCAACCAAGCGGACUUCCAGGCUUCAGUGCAAUUUAUUCAGAAUCAUCUGGAUGACAUGGAUCCGAAAAAGGGCGUAUCGUGGGUGACAGUGUGCUACAUGUUAGGAGAGAUACAGUAUGGAGGUCGAGUCACCGAGGAUUUCGACAAGAGGCUCCUACUCACGUUCCUGCACGUCUGGUUCAACGAAAGGCUUCUUGCUUCAGAUUUCAGAUUCUACCAGGGUUAUAACCUACCAAUGUGCAAGACGCAAGCCGAGUACCUGGAGUUCAUCAGCAUGUUACCUGCCACCGACUCCCCGGAGGUAUUCGGCCUACACCCCAACGCUGACAUUACGUACCAGAUCAACACCGCAAAGAGUAUCCUGGACACCAUCCUCAGCAUGCAGCCCAAAGAGGGAGGGCAGCGGGGCGGCGAGACGCGCGAGGUCGUGGUUUCUCAGCUUGCACACGAUAUGAUCAUUAAGCUGCCUGUUGACUACAUUCAGCAUGAGAUCAAGGAGGCUCUGCAAAGGAUGGGUGCCAUAUUGCCCAUGAACAUCUUCCUUAGGCAGGAGCUCGACCGCAUGCAGAAGGUCCUGAAGGUAGUAAGGCAGAGUUUACACGACCUUCACCUUGCCAUCGAAGGCACUAUCAUCAUGAGUCCGUCUCUCAAGGAUAUGCUGGAUGCCAUGUACGACGCGCGGGUGCCGGAAAGGUGGCGAAAGGUGUCGUGGGAGUCGAGCACCCUCGGCUUCUGGUUCACGGAGCUGAUCGAGCGCGACUGUCAGUUCCGCCGCUGGUACUCGUAUGGCCGUCCCAGGUCCUUCUGGAUCACGGGGUUCUUCAACCCGCAAGGAUUUUUGACUGCAAUGCGACAGGAAGUGACACGGCAGCAUCGUGGUUGGUCCUUGGACUGUGUCAUCCUACAGAAUUUGGUGACACGUUUCAACCGCGAGGACAUCCACGACCCACCACCUGAGGGCGUGUAUGUGUAUGGACUUUUCCUAGAGGGCGCCUCAUGGGACCGCAAGCAGGGCAAGCUAGCAGAAUCACGAGCAAAAGUACUAUACGAGCCCAUGCCAGUUGUUUACUUGUACGCUGUCAAUACUACCAGUGGUAAAGAUCCUACGCUGUACGAGUGCCCUAUCUACCGAAAACCUCUGCGUACAGAUUCUACCUACAUUGGUUCCAUUGACUUGGAAACCAUUGACUACCUGCCUUCCCACUGGACUCUGCGCGGAGUCGCUCUUCUCUGUGACAUUAAGUAGAGUGUUUGCAGCACAACA